AUGGACCCUUUUGAGGCCAACUACCAAGCCGCUAUUGAAAAGCACCUUAAUGAACCCCCUCUAUUCCGCUCAGUUGGGAACACCGCGGUUUUCCAAUCCUUGCUGCGACAGCCCGAACAUCGCGCUGAAAUCAGGGACACUGACAUCGGGCAUGACUGUCUGAACCGUGCCAUCAUCCAGGGAAACAAGGAGAGCGUCAAAGCCCUUGUUGAUCUUCCUCUUUCUGAAUUUAACUGGACCAGUCAUCCUGUGGCAUACCUCAAGGCCAUGGGCCACCUGCACACAGCUGCUAGGCUUGGCCGCUUCGAGGUCUUCAAGGUAUUGGCCGACACUGGAAAAGUUGACAUUGGCGGAGGAGACCCCUUUGGGAUGACUCCACUACAUCACGCAAGCGAAAAGGGUUCAAAGGCGAUCGUUGAAUAUCUGUUGGCUGGGGGUGUGAAGCCUGACGAGAAGGACGUGAAAGGCCGGACCCCUCUCUCCUAUGCAGCUGAGAAGGGAAAAAGUGAUGUCGUUGAGGCUCUCCUUUGCGCUGAAGGCGUGGACUCUGACUCGAAGGACCUUAGAGGUAAAAGUCCUUUCUACUAUGCUGUUCUCUCUGGCAAGGACGAGACGGCAGACAUCUUGAAGACUUUGGGCGGUGUUGACCAUAGCGUCGAAGCAAAGGCAAAGGUAGAUCGAAUGAUUUAUGAUAGCCAACGUCCAUAG